GUGAAGUAGAGAUCCAUCAUAAAUGAUUCCAACUGCGCUCACUCUUCUUGGUAUUAUAUACUUUUCAAUCGCGUCCCAGGAGCAAAAGGUGUAUAUCAAGCCAAUCUCCGUGGCGCAGCCAGGACUAGGCAGCCAAUGGAAUCAGCUCCUUGUUGCCUUCUACCCCAACGGCCAAGAGGUAAACCUUGCAGUUGACACAGGGUCCACUCGAACGUUCCUUGUGUGGAGAGCUCAGUAUGAAAGGGUUAAGCCAGGCGGCUGUCAUAAUUUAAUUUAUCAUUGCUUCGGCUGUUCUCCCAAACCAUGCGAGCCCGGCCCCCUUUCGACGUACAAGUUCUACGAUGGAAGAGAAGUCACCAUGUUCAGCCACCUUGCUCAUAUUGAUAAUGUGGGAAAUGUCCCGUUUGGCCUGGUCACAAGCCCCGAGAAAACUCCUUGGGCAUCUCUGGGGCUUUCAUUGCAUCGCGUUGUCUCUCAUCGGUACCCAUUAUUCAUUGACGUGCUCCUGACAGCGGGAAUCGUCACUAAGAGAGAAUACACGAUAUACCUCAAUACUACCGGCUUUGGUCGUCUUAUCUUUGGUGGUGAUUAUCCAAUGAGACAGGACGGUCCGUUGAGGUACGUCUCGACUUGGCUAAGUGGCCUGGGCCCGCCAGCCCUGGACAUGAUGAGCUUUCUCGUCGGGGAUGAUUGCGUGGAUGAAGUUCCCAUAGAUACUGCUGCCUUUUUGGCCACUGGCUUGGGUUAUAUACAGAUAGCAGAUUUUUUAAAGCAGCCGGUAUUGAAGUUGCUCGAGAAUGCCGGACUGAAACAUGUGGCUAUCAGGGAGGAGUCCGGCGUCUUCAAGGUCGACUGUGAGGAUAUUGAGUACUUGCCAUCUAUUACUUUUUUUCUCAAGGGUUUGAAUGGUAGGAAAACUCCUCUCGUGAUUUCUCCAAAUAGUUUGAGGACCAAACUCGUAGAUGGGCAGUGCGCGCUGGCCUUGACUUUCGGUGAAUUGUGGUAUCUUGGCCUGCCUGCGGUCAUUGGCAAAUACUUCACAGUGAACGAAACACAUAUCGGAUUCACUAAGGCGACUUGUGCCUGAAAUCUUUCAUGAUUUCAAUCGCCGCAGUCUUUCUUAUCUGCGGAUAUGUUUUCCAGUCUUCAGAACAUUCUCUCUGCUCGUCUCCUUUUGCUACGGCUUCUUGGUCCUUGUCCCCAAAGUCGCGAACAAUCUAAGACGAUUUGAUGUAGUGGUGCAUGAGUCAGGCAUGGUCCGCUGUCGCUGCCGAGUGUAAGCCUCACACUCUGAGGGGCACGGACUGUGGUUAAUCAUGUAGUUCGCACGUAUUUUUCCAGUGUCUACAAUGCGAGUCUCAUCCCAUUUUGCAUAUGCCCGUUUAUGGGUAUCGCGGCAACUGUUGCUCCGUGUGCUUCUUCAGAAGGCCUUUCUAUGCGCGCUAUUAUCGGGGCGAGCAGUGGUCGUUGUCUCGCUUAUCCCAUUGUAUGAGUCUUAUAGAUUAUGUUAUGAAACCAGUCAUUUUGGUCUUUAUUUUCUCACCCUCCAAAUUCUCUCUUGC